AUGUUUCCGCAUCAAGAUCUACCCUUCUGGGGAAAAGCCACCCAGGGUGAGAAGCCCUCAAAGCUUCAAACCACUGAGCCUGAUGGCAACAAAGAACAAGCAUCUGCCAGCUUCUCAAAGAAACGUGUUUCUGGGACUAAGGGCCCGAAAGUCAAUGUUACGGUCAAUGCUGUCGUGAUCGAGGAUUAUGCAAAGGCCAAUCGCAAGGACGAAGCCCAGAAGGGAACUCAAACUCCAAUCUACCCGGAUCCCACCUAUGGCGAGUUCAACAAGGCAGACGAGAAGCCUGGCUUCUGGGCAAAGUGGGCUGCCGAGGCUUCAUGGGAGCUUGGAGCUACUGAUCUCCACCAGCCUGGCACCUUGCUCAACCGUCUCAGCCGGAUGCCACUGCAACGCGAGCCGAUCCUCCAAUCUGACACCGAACACCGCAAGCGAGCCAAACUCAGCGGAGAAGAGUUUGAUCACCAAAUCGGUCGUCAUAAGGACCAGAUCAAUGCAUUGAUUGGCCAAGCUGUGGGAAAACGACUCGACUCCGACAACGCUUGUGAGCGCUGUGUGUCGCUGAAUGGCAAGUUCAACGCGUGCGUUAGCGUUCCUGGCAUGAAUGAGUGCGCCAGUUGCACCUGGGAUUUGCAGUGGAAGUGCACCUUCGCCAACCGAGGUGAGAAGAAGCAAGGCCUGGCGCCACAGAAUGGGAUUUUGAACGAGAUGCUUGCCUUGAUGAAGUCAAUUGACAGCAUCGAGCCUCAGGAUCAGGAACACGCUGCGAGACUCGCCUUGCAGAAGCAAUUUCUGGCACAGCAGAUCUUCGAGGAAGCUGAGCGCCUGGGAUGCUUUUAA